AUGGCGGAUGCAGUGCUUGGUUCCACUACACAAGUUCUAGUGCAGACGGCAAUAAACUUGGCUUCCGAACAAAUUGGCCAGUUUGUUGGCUUCAAGAAAGAUUUGCAGAAACUGAAAGAUACGUUGACUGAAAUCCAGGCUUUCCUUAGUGACGCAGAGAAAAAACAGGUGACUGAAAAUUUCGUGAAGCUUUGGCUGGAGAAUCUUGAACGUGUGGCUUUCGAUGCUGAAAAUUUGCUGGAUGACUUCAACUAUGAAAUGAUUCGACGCAAAGUUGAGAUCCGAAACCAAAUGAAGAGGAAGGUAUGCUUCUUCUUCUCAGUCUCCAAUCCCAUUGCAUUUCGUUGCAAAAUGGCCAACAAAAUUCAGAAAAUCAGCAUGGAUUUGAAAAGAAUCAAUGAACAAGCAAGGAACUUUAGCCUCCAGUCACAGACUGCACCUGCUCUUUCUCCUCCCAGUGAAGCACGAUUUAUAAAGAACAGAGAGACUGACUCUGCCACUGUUGAUGUGAGUUUUGUUGGAAGGGAUAGUGAUGUUUCAGCAAUAGUAACACAAUUGACUGCCAUGAAUAAUAAUGAAACUAUCUCUGUUCUCCCUAUAGUAGGGAUGGGCGGGAUCGGGAAGACCACCUUGGCUCGAAAAGUUUUUAAUGACCCAAAUAUUGAAAAACAUUUUGAGAAGAGAAUGUGGGUGUGUGUUUCAGAGGAUUUCAAUGCCAAUAGGUUAUUUGGAAUGAUUCUACAAUCACUGCAAGGUCGAGAGCCUGAAGCUAAGGAUAGGGAAGCCAGAGUCAAGAAGCUUAAGGAAUUAUUGGAUGGUAAAAAUUACCUAUUGGUCUUGGAUGACGUGUGGAAUAAGGAGUCCACGCUAUGGAAUGAUUUUCUUGGGUCUUUGAAAGGUACUAGCCAAGCCAAGGGGAGCUGGAUUCUUCUGACCACUCGUGAUCAACAAGUGGCAACCAUCACGAGAAUUUCUUCUCCUCAAGAUUAUUCCUUGGAACGAUUAUCAGAUGAUCGAUGUUGGUUCAUUCUCAAAGAAAAUGCAUUUGGCACAGGGAAUGUGCCGGGUGGGCUGAAAGAUAUAGGCUUGAAGAUUGCGCAAAAAUGCAGAGGCUUAGCAUUGGCUGCAAGUGUUCUUGGCGGUAUGUUGCGCAACAAGGAAAUAAAUAAAUGGCAUCAAAUUUUAGAUACUGGGCUUCAAAAUAUAGGUGAAGAUAGAGAUGGUUCCAUCAUUAAAAUUUUGAAGUUAAGCUUUGAUCAUCUUCCAUAUCCAGCUCUUAAAAAGUGUUUUGCAUAUUGUUCAAUUUUCCCCCAGGAUUUUGAAUUGGAAAGGAAUCAACUAAUCCAACUUUGGGCUGCAGAAGGAUUUCUUCAUUCAGAUCCAAGAAAAAAUAUGUGUAUGGAGGAAGUUGGUAAUGAUUAUUUUACCAUUUUGUUGGAGAGUAACUUGUUUCAGGAUGUAGAAAAGGAUGGUUAUGGGAAUGUAUUGAACUGCAAAAUGCAUGAUCUUGUGCAUGAUAUGGUGCAAUCCAUUUCCGAAUGUAGAACUUUAAGGUCGAAAGAGCCAACAGAAGCUGAUUUUCGUGGCCAGAGUUUUCGGUAUCUUGCAAUUGAGAGAAGUGAUAGAGAAGAAAAACUGCCAUUUCCACUGAAUCGGAGUUUCAGGUACAUAACAACAUUAGUUUUAGUGGAGAACAGAUCAAUUGAUGAUGGUUUGAUCAUCUUUUUGGCUUGCUUGCGAGUGCUAAACAUAGCUUCAUCAAAUGCGAAGGAGCUUCCUAAAUCAAUUGGCAAGUUGUCUCAUUUAAGGUAUCUCGAUUCAUCAGAUACUCUAAUGGAAACUUUGCCGGACUCUCUUUGUAAACUUUACAAUCUGCAGACAUUAAGAGUUCGAGAUUGUAGAUUAUUGACAAAGUUUCCAAACAAUUUCAAGAAUUUGGUGAAUCUGAGGCACUUUGACUUUUUCCACAAGGAUAAAUCAAAUGAUCUAACGCCUCUUGAGAUUGGACAAUUGCAUUCUCUCCGAACAUUGCCAUUUUUCAAUAUUGGUAAAGAUGCGGGUGGACAAAUUGGGGAGUUUAAAAAAUCUCAGUGGAAGUUUUGA